UGGUACGAGGCGCUGGCCAAGCCCGCCUGGACGCCCCCAAACUGGGUCUUCCCUGCCGUCUGGAUCCCGCUCAAGGUCCUGCAGUCGGUGGCGGCGUGGCUGGUGUGGCGCAGCGCGCCCACCACCCAGCAGCUCUACUUGCCACUGGCGCUGUUUGUUGCGCACUUGUUCCUAGGCAGUUGGUGGAACGUUGUGUUCUUUGGGCGGCACCAGAUGCAGCAGAGCGUGAAGUGGAUGGCAGCCUUCUGGUGCUCAAUCGCCGCCUCCAUUGCUGCCUUCUCUCAGGUGUCGCCCCUCGCCGGCCUCCUGUUUGCUCCCACGCAAUUGUGGGUCACCAUCGCCGCCAAGCUCAACUGGGACAUCGUGAAGCUGAAUGCCGCCAAGAAGCCGUGA